GAUGGGACUUGCUCCAGUGCAGUACAGCAUACUGUAUUUAUGUCCAUUAUGCAAGUCGCUUUCUUUCUUUACUUAUUAUCAUGAGUGUCACUUCUUCAAUGCCCUAUGGAGCCAAAUGGGCCAAGUCUACUGAGUAAGCCAAAAAUCGAUGAUGGAUCUAUUUUGCCCCUUUUUCUUACGUCAGUCCCGUGACGUUUUGGUGUGUCCCCCUCCAAAAAAAUCUAGACAGUCCCACAUAUUAGGAUCGCCCUCCUAUGAGGAGCAAAAGACGUGUAAAGAGUGGGAAAAUCAGAGUGUGGGGAAGCAAAACCAAUCCAACACCAAAGGUCGUGGUAGGUAAUAACAAUCUAAGUAACAGCUCUUUCCUCGUCUUCUCUUAUACACCUAUUCUAUUCCUUCCCCGUCAGACUACCUCGUUCCCAAGCCAAGCCAGAGUGUUUUAGUUGUACGGAAGAAGACAAGCAAAAAAUAUAAGAAGAGAGAGAAUCCAUGAUUGACGUCGUUUGCUGUAUCACGAGAGCCCAAGGCCUAGUCAACGAUGGUGCAAAGCGGUAUGCCCGUCGAAGAGGUUGAUAUCCCAUCGACCAAUGGAUACCCUACUCAAGAUAAAACCACCAAAUACGAAGCCCAGCUUGAAAAACAGAUCGUACCUCGCGAACAAUAUGUUAAAUCGGGCUUCGCCGGCAUCCUCGGAUCCCCAUAUGUCCUCGCAUGCGCCUCGUUCUCCGCCAUGGGCGGCCUCCUCUUCGGCUACGACCAGGGCGUCGUGUCCGUCAUCCUCGUCAUGGAGCAAUUCCUCUCGGAGUUCCCACGCGUCUCGGAUACCGCAGGAGGAGCCGGGUUCUGGAAGGGCCUGUUGACCGCCAUGAUCGAACUUGGCGCGCUCAUCGGAGCCAUGAACCAGGGAUGGAUUGCGGACAAGAUAUCGAGAAAAUACUCCAUCAUGGUAGCGGUUGUGAUCUUCCUCGUCGGAAGCAUACUGCAGACUGCUUCGAAUGGAUAUGCCAUGCUCGUCGUCGCGAGACUGAUCGGUGGAGUCGGGAUUGGCAUGCUUUCCAUGGUCGUGCCGCUCUACAUCUCAGAGAUUAGCCCUCCGGAGAUUCGAGGAACCCUACUCGUGCUCGAGGAGUUAGCAAUCGUGGGUGGAAUUGUGGUCGCAUUUUGGAUUACCUACGGCACAAGAUUCAUACCCGGUGAAUGGUCAUGGCGCCUCCCGUUCCUCCUCCAGAUCAUUCCAGGCGUCGUCUUGGGCUGUGGAGUGCUUGCACUGCCAUUCUCCCCGCGUUGGCUCAUAUCUAAGGGGCGCCACGAAGAGGCAUUGGACUCGCUGUCCAAACUGCGCCAGCUACCACCCGACAAUGCCCUCGUCCUGAGAGAAUGGACGGAGAUCAGGGCCGAGGUGAUGUGCCACCAAGAAAUUAGCGCUGAGCGCCACCCAACGCUCCACGCUGAGCCGACGCGUCUCAACCGGAUCAAGUUGGAGCUCGUGUCCUGGCUCGACUGCCUCAGACCCGGGUGUAUCAAGCGUACUCACGUCGGUACGGGCCUCAUGUUCUUUCAACAAUUCGUGGGUGUCAACGCAAUGGUUUAUUACAGCCCGACUUUGUUCAAAACUAUGGGCCUCGAGUACGAUAUGCAGCUCAUCAUGUCCGGUGUCCUCAAUAUCUGCCAGCUCGUCGGCGUGGCAUCCAGUCUCUACACAAUGGACCGCGUCGGUCGCAAGCCGCUCCUGGUAUGGGGAAGCGUACUGAUGUCAGUCUCCCACAUCAUCAUUGCCGCGCUCGUCGGCGUCUUUGGCAAAGACUGGACGCAUCACCGCAAUUCAGGCUGGACAUCAGUUGCAUUCCUACUGUUCUACAUGCUCGCAUUUGGGGCUACUUGGGGACCCGUACCCUGGGCCAUGCCAUCGGAGAUCUUCCCCAGCUCGCUGCGAGCAAAAGGAGUCGCAUUAUCCGUCUGCUCCAACUGGUUUAAUAACUUCAUCAUCGGACUCAUCACGCCACCGCUGGUGCAGAACACGGAAUGGGGCGCCUAUCUCUUCUUCGCCAUCUUCUGCGUGCUAUCAGGGAUAUGGGCAUUCUUCUUCGUGCGCGAGACGAACGGCAAGACCCUCGAAGAGAUGGAUGGCGUGUUUGGCGACUCCGCGAGCGCCGAGGACGAGGAGCGGAGGCGCAGGAUCGAGGACAUUCUGCGCAUCCGGGAUGGAGAUGCAGACAGUAGGGCUGAGGGGGAGGUUGGGGUGCUCCAGGGAGACAAGGAGGCUGAAUAACGGCGGUUGGGGCGGUUGGGGGGGCGGGGUGUCUCCACCCAGGC